AUGUCAACGUCUAAAGUAGCAACGACCGAUAUCGCAAGUCACAUACUUUCUCAAAUCGGAAAAAAAUUCUACCUCAGCAAGGAGUUUGCUGAUGUUUACUUUGUUUACAUGGUAAAUGAUGAAGAAGUUGAUCGCGAUCCGGCCCAUAAAAAUCUGUUGGCUGCAAGCAGUGACGUCUUCCAUACAAUGUUCAACGAAUCUUGGAAAGAGAAAAAUGAAGUGAAGAUCGUCGAUGCAGCUGUUGCAGAUUUCAAAGAAUUUUUGCGUUUCUUCUAUUUUGGCACGGUGAAUUUGACCAUAGAAAAUGUAGAUAAAAUCAUGAAUCUCAGCAAUAAAUACAAUGUCACCGAGUGCAAGAAUUUGUGCAGAGAAUUCUUGAAGACAAUACUGACCAGUGAAAAUGUAUUGUGGGCAUACGAUUUGGCUGUUUUUCUUGAGGAUGAAAACCUCAAGAAAUUUUGCGAAGCAAUAAUUAGUAUCAAUGCUCGAGAUUUGUUGAAAACCCAAGGAUUUUUUCAAUGCAAUCAAAACAGGUUGAUGGAACUGAUGGAAAUAAAAAGUUUGAAAUGCUCUGAAGCUGAACUACUUGGGGCGUGCAUUUCAUGGGUGAAGAAUAAAAGCAAAGAAGAGAACUUAACUACAGAAAUAAUACAGUCUCUAAUUGGUGAUUUAUUUUCAAAAAUUCGUUUCGGAUCGAUGACUCUGAACGAAUUUGUCACUCUCAUUCCAUCAUACGGAGAACUAUUUCCAAAAGAAGUAUUGCAAGAUAUUAUACAGAUGAAAGCCGAUAAGGAAUUCCAAUCGAAGAUAUUUAGUGGAAUACGGGAGAAACGUAGUGACGUUGAAAUCUAUGUAGGAAAUAAGAUUUAUUGCAACCGAGAGAAUUCAGGUUUUAAUUCAGGUGAGUAUUUGAUUAAAGACAUAGAAACAACCACAUUCUCCGUCAGUGAAACGGUUUUCCUAAAGAACUUCGAAUGUGACAAUUUAUUGAAGUGGAAUGGGGAUUAUUGCGAUCUAGAGGAACUGGUACCAACUGAAAUAACAAUCGUUGAAAUGCAAAAUUUGGAGCAUUUACCCAACAAUGAAGAAGCAGUUUUGUACAAAGGAAAUACGAAUUUAAGAGGAGAACAAUUUGCACAGGUGUCUUUGCCCAAUCCAAUUCUGAUCAAAGUGGGUUUCAUAUAUAAAAUUCAGCUGAAACAAACUCCGCCUGCAGAUUGCAUCCUCGGAACUUCAUUGAAAUCAAGGGUUCAAAUAGAUUCCGAUUUCAUCGUACAAUUUCAUCAUGACACGUUCUUGGAACAAGAUCCAUAUUCCGCUAGAGGUCUAAUUGUUUCAUUAGAUUUUUAUCGUAUUUAGUAAUAAAAACAACCUGCACUCUUGGUGCCAGUAUUGCUUUAGAGCAGUAAUGUG